CACAGCAAUAUACAAGAGGUUUUCAGACUGAGAGACUACAAGCGACACGAUCACAGACCCGCCAAUCGCAAUCCUCCGCUUUGCCAUGGCGAUAAAAUAAAAAAGUAUUUCUGACUGAUUAGCACUGGGGUUUAACAAUAGAAAAGUAUUUCUGAAUGACUAUUGACUGGCUGGAUAUCUUCUCAUUCCGUUUGCUCAGUUGUUCAUGCACCUCGGUUUGAAAGAGACAGUUUAUUUUCUUUCCUUGAUUUGAUUUGUGCGACUGUGAAGCUCUCUGCCACACAGCAGCAACACAAGAGGCUUUCUGGGACAUGGAUUGGGAGGAAGGCAGAACCAUGGAGGGACUGUGUAUAACCCACUGGGUGAACAGCCCAGUCCGCCACCAGGCCCUGUUCCAAGGAAGGGACUUGGACGACUGUGUGGAGGACCAUGACCUGUUCGCCCUGCCCAGGCCUGCCUUCCCCGACCCUGGGGUAGUGAGGCCCGACCCUGGGGUAGUGAGGCCCGACCCUGGGGUAGUGAGGCCCGACCCUGGGGUAGUGAGGCCCGACCCUGGGGUAGUGAGGCCCGACCCUGGGGUAGUGAGGCUCGACCCAGGGGUAGUGAGGCCCGACCCUGGGGUAGUGAGGCCCAACCCUGGGGUAGUGAGGCCCGACCCUGAGGUAGUGAGGCUCGACCCUGAGGUAGUGACCGACCCUGGUGUAGUGAGGCCCGACCCUGAGGUAGUGAGGCUCGACCCAGGGGUAGUGAAGCUAGAAGGGGUCUGCGACAGUACUACCACAACUCAACCCCAGCGGACUGAGCCUGUUUACCAGGUGCUUCUGGACGUGUCCCAGUUCAGACCUGAGGAUAUCAUGAUUCAGGUGUUUGAAGGAUGGCUCUUGAUCAAGGCUCAGCAUGGAGCCAGAAUGGAUGAACAUGGGUUUGUUACCCGAAGCUUCACCCGCCAGGACCCACUGCCUGAGAAACUACAGCAGGCGGGGGGUCUGAGGGCUCUGCUAUGUCAUGAUGGGAUACUGGUGGUGGAAUCCAAACAGAGAACACCUGUUAGGAUACAACACAGUCAGGAGGACCCCUAUUGAUUAUUGACUGUUGAUUAUUGACUGUUGAUUAUUGACUAUUGAUUAUUGACUCUUGAUUAUUGACUGUUGAUUAUUGACUAUUGAUUAUUGACUGUUGAUUAUUGACUGUCGAUUAUUGACUGUUGAUUAUUAACUAUUGAAUGUUUGCUGUUGAUUAUUGAUUAUUGACUGUUGACUAUUGACUCUUGAUUAUUGACUGUUGAUUAUUGACUAUUGAUUAUUGACUCUUGAUUAUUGACUGUUGAUUAUUGACUAUUGAUUAUUGACUGUUGAUGAUUGAUUAUUGAUUAUUACUGUAUUGAUCAGGUAAAGAUGAGGUCAGAUCAGCUGUUACAGUACCACUAACAUGAGUGAUUGAUUAAUUCAUUGUGUCUGUUAUUAUCAUGUGAAGUUAAAUUGUCAAAUAUUUCUCUAAACAUUGUUAUUGUUACAUUUCUAUCUGACACUACUUUGCUAUAAAAAGCUGUUGAUGCUAUAACGUUAUUGAAUUAUAUAACAGCAGUAAUGAUAUAUUUAAAAAUCUAUUUUAUUAAAAUACGUUUUUUCCUCC